UUUUUUUUGCUUGUUUGUUUCUUUUGUUUGAUUUUUGACUCUUGAAAAUCACAACAAAAUCACAACAACAACUGAUCACAAAAACCACAAACAAAACAAAACAAACAAACAAAACAAAACAUGGCGACUGUUGAGGAAGUGGCCGAGCUGCGAGCCGAAGUCGCGCGCCUGGCUCAAACGGUCGAAAGCCAGCAAGCCGCGAUCGCAGAUUUGACGCAGACGGUCGCCAAGCUCACUGCUGCAGGAGCGACCACUGCGCAGCGUUCAACGCUCGGUGGUGCAUCCCCAGCUGCUGCUGCUGCUCGCAGGACCCCGGCGACGGCGGCGGCGGCUGCUACGACGACUGGAACGCCUUCGCGAUCCUUGUCGGCGUCGGCGGCAACCGCGUCCCCUGCCCGUUCUGCUGCCAGCUCGACUACCACUGCGCCCGCUGCAGGCGCUCGUCGCACCACGGCCACUGCCACCGCUGCUCCGGGAAGCCCGGCUGCCCGCGGUCGCGUUCCGCUGACGAACGGAUCGGCUGCGAAAGCUCCUGCUGCCUCUUCUGCAGCUGCCGUCCCGGGACCCGAGCCACACCACUACUUUAUCCAAGGUCGCCGCAUUGUCGUCCACCCUCCGACGGGCUAUGUCAAGCCGACAGAGCCGGCAUCCGCCCCAGAGGUCGGUCUGACGCUCUCGCACGUUCAUGGUUUCCGUGGACGCGACACGUUCAACAAUCUCUUCCUGGUGGACGAAGGCCGUACCGCCAUCUGGAACACUGCCGCUGUCGUGGUCUUGCAGGACGUUGAAACCGGCCGCCAGCGCCACUUGCUCGGCCACACUGACGACAUUACGUGUCUCGCUGUGGAUGCCACGCGCAAGUUUGCCGUGACGGGCCAGGUCUGCUCCAAGGGCAAGGGCGAGAAGGCUUACUUGAUUUUGUGGGACUUGACCACGGGCACUGCCGUUGGCCAUCUUGGUGGCAAGAACAUUGGCGGCCACGACCAGUCGGUCGCCUGUGCUGCGUUCUCGGCCGACGGUUCGCACAUUCUGUCAAUCGGCAACGACACUGAGCAUACGGCCAUUGUGUGGAAUGCCGCCACGCGUGCGCAGGUGUACACUGCGCCUGGCGGCCAGGACAAGGUGGUUGCUGUUGGCGCCGUUCCCAACACGUCCACCAACUGGAUCUCGGUGGGCACGCACCACGUCAGCUUCUGGGGCGCUGUCGACGACAAGCCUUUUGCUCGCAAGAAGGGCAUCUUUGGCAAGCAUGGCGACCAGCAGACCAUCGUCUCGGUUGCCUACAACGAAUCCGGUUCGCGCGCCGUCACGGGCACCGCCAAGACGGGCGAGAUUCUGCUCUGGAAUGUCGCGACUGCCUCCGUGCUCGCCUCGGCCUCCAGCGGCAAUGUCGGCGAGGCUGGCAACUCAAUCCUCGGCUUGCGCGCUGUUCCCGGACACCCUGGCUCGUUCAUCUCCACCGACAAGCUCAAGAACGCGCAAGUCUGGCAGCUGGCUGAGAAUGACACUCUCACGGCUGGCGCAUCGUCCCCCAUCGGCAUCGAGGCGCGUGCCAUUGACGUGCUCGGGUCCCGGCUCGUUGUUGGCGGCGUCGACCACACGGCCAAACUCUUCCAGCUUGCGGCUGACGGCCUCACCGUCCAGGGCGCCGGCGUUGUGCUCACGUCGGCUCAUUCCGCCGAAGUUUGGGCGCUUGCGCACCAUCCCUCCAAGACCCAGUUUGCCACUGCCGCGGACGACAAGAAGCUCACCAUCUUUGACGCUGUGACCCACGCCCAGCUCCAGACUACCGCUCUGCCUGGCGCUGCCCGUUCCGUGUCGUACAACUCGGAUGGUACCUUCAUUGCUGUUGGUCUCAACGACGGUCGCUUUGUUGUCCUCCAAGGCGACACGCUUGAGGUGGUUGGCGGUCGCAAGGACCGCAAAGAGGAGAUCGCCGACAUUCGCUUCUCGUCGACCGUUCCCUCCAUUCUUGCUGUUGCUUCUCACGACAACUUUAUUGAUGUUUACCACGUUGCUGCGGGUGCGAUUGAGCGCAAGGCCAUCUGCAAGGGCCACUCCUCCUUCAUCACUCACAUUGACUGGUCGGCGGACGGCCGUUUCUUGCGCAGCACCAGUGGUGAUUACGAGCUGCUGUUCUGGGAGGCACUCACCGGCAAGCAAGUGACCGCCUCUGUCGAUGUGCGCGAUCUGACCUGGGCUUCGCAGACCUGCGUUCUGGGAUGGGACGUUGCCGGCAUCUGGCCCCCAGACAGCGACGGCACGGAUGUGAACGCGGUUUCCGCCUCACCCGACAACACCCUUCUUGCUUCUGGCAGCGACGACGGCUUUGUCCGCCUGUUCCGUAUUCCGGUUCUGGAACCCGGCCGUAACAUCAUGGCUCCUGCCAAAGAGUAUGGUGCUCGUCACAGCGCCCAUGUCACCAAUGUGCGGUUCUCCCGCGAUGGCAAGUCUUUGGUGUCCACUGGUGGCAACGACUGCACAAUCAUGCUGUGGACUGUUGCGUGAAGAGCUGCAAGCUGCCGCGUCGUUUGAUGCCGGAAUCCCGCUUUGAAAUUUCUGACUUUUUUUUUCUUGAUGGCGUUUUGGUUUUUCUUUGAGUAGUUUUGGUUUGUGCUUUGUCUUUUCGUGUGCAUUUUUUCUGUCGAUAUACGGUCCUGUUUGUGUUUUCCAGCUGACGCGAGGAGUCCCGUUUUUCAUUCUUCUGAGCACAACUUGUUUCUGUACUUGUUUGACUGUUGCCAACUCUGUGCUUUGACGGAUGAGCGACGCAACAGUCAUGCAAUUGGACUACUGUAUUAGAAGAAAAAGCUACUUUGCUAAAGA